AUCACGAUGACAUGCGGCCAUCCCCUUGAUACCUCCCAGGCUGACUGCUUUCCUUUUGCUUCCCCUACUGCCAUGCACUGCUACUGAUCAUAUUCACUUCCUCCUUGCAACCCUCCCACUGAGCCACACACCACCCUCCCCUCCCGCCCGAUCAGGCCAGAUCAUCUCCGGCCGCCCCCCCCGACCUCCUCCGUCUCUCUGCUGGUCCUCAACCACCUCCCGUCCAACGCCAGACAGACAUGUCGCGACGAACCCGCAUUGUCUCGUCCUUGCUCGUGCUGGCCUGCGCCAGCUCCAUCGCCUGGGCCAACAAGAAGACCUUCAACAUCCAUGAUGAUCUUCUCGCCUUCCCCCAAUACCAAGUCCUUUUCCCCGAUGACUACAUCCUCGACUCCCAUGCCAAAGACCUCCUACAAAACCCCACCAGCGCCUCCACCUCUGACGACCACCAAGGGAACUCCGCACAGGUCUACCUAGGCCACGAUGCCCAUGGCAGCACACCGGAACCCCCCCCCGCGGGAGACCAUGACUUCCGCUACGAGGAAAUGGCCCUAGGCGACCAGCGCUUUCUCUGCCAGAUCCCUCGGGUCCAGGGCGACGACCGCGCCAACGCCACGGGCGAAUCCCACCAAGCCGACGAGCAGAAGGAGCUGGCGCGCGCCAUGGAUCGGGGCCUGGAGCUCCUGCGCGAGAUGGAGGGCAGGUGCAUGUACUACAUUUCCGGGUGGUGGUCCUACUCCUUCUGCUACAAGAACCAGAUCAAGCAGUUCCACGCCCUCCCCUCGGGCAGUGGUAUCCCCAGCUACCCGCCCAUGGAAGACCAGACCACCCACUCGUUCAUCCUGGGCCGGUUCCCCCAGGGGGAGGAGGACGACGACAUCGAGGCCGAGUCCGACCACAAGAAAUCCAUCACCGACGUGGCCGAGCUACAGACGAAAGGAGGCUCGCGCUACCUGGUCCAGCGACUGGACGGUGGCACGCGAUGCGACCUGACGGGCCGCCACCGCAAGAUCGAGGUCCAGUUCCACUGCCAUCCGCAGUCCACGGACCGCAUCGGCUGGAUCAAGGAGCUGACCACCUGCUCGUACCUGAUGGUCAUCUACACCCCGCGCCUGUGCAAUGACGUGGCCUUCCUGCCGCCGCAGCAGGACGAGGUGCACGCCAUCGAGUGCCGCGAGAUCAUCUCCCCGGCCGAGGUGUCCGACUGGGAGGCGAUGCGGGAGUACCAGAGAGCGCAGCAUCUGGUGGAGUCAGCCGUGACGGAGGAGUUCGCGGUGGUCGGGGACAUCCAAGUCGGGGCGCAGACGCUGGUCGGGUCGGAGGGCAAGGAGAUCGAGAAGGGCCGCGUGGCGUCGGCCGGCGAGGAGACGAUCGACGUGGUGGCCAAGCGCGAGAACGGAGAGAUCCAGCAGAAGUCGCGCGAGGAGCUGAAGAAGUACGACCUCGAUCCGGAGAAGCUGGAGACGCUGAAGAAGCGCCUGGAAGACUGGGCUAAGGGCAAGGACUGGACGCUGGAGGUGGUCUCGAUCAAUGGGGAGCGGCAGCUGCGGGGCUUCCUCGAGGAGGACGAGGACGAGGAGGCCGCGGGCCACCCCGGAGAGAAGAAGGCCUCGUCCGAGCAGGAACCCACCUUGGAGGCUCCUCCAUCCGACGAAACAGGGACGGCAGAGACGCUGAAACAGGAGCCGGAACCGGAGCAGCAGCAGCAGCAGCAGCAGGAGCAGCAGCAGCAGGAGCAGCAGGAAGAGGAACUGCCGUCGCAGCCGGAUGACAACGUGGUAGGAAGCAACGAGGAGUUCAAGGACGAAUUGUAGUCCCGGGGAUUGUUGUGUUUGGGUCCAUACAUAGUGCACAUACUGGGCUGGUGGUGUUUUCCUUCCCCGCGUUUUGUAGCCACUUACGGCGGAUUGUAUCCUGGCUGGCAUAGAUUAUACCAUGUACUGGGAUUAGAGUUCAUAACAAGGUCCAUU